CAACAGGUACCCUCCAUACAAUAGCAGUCCUCCUCAAAGCCAGCUGCCAGCAGGCCUCUUUUUCCAGCACUCGAUGCAUUCUGUUGAAAGACGACGCAGCAUACUGGAGAUCACUGCAGCACUAAAAAGGCCCCACAGAAGACAAGGAUGACUUUCUAUUUUUGGCUUCUCUUCCAACUUUGCGUUGCAAGCCCAACCUCUGUGCCUCAACCCUCGUGCCUGAAAGGAUGUGACUUCCACAACAUGUUCAAAUUUGUCAACUGCUCAAGUUCUUCCUUCACCUUCAUCCCAAACGCAACUCCCUGGGACACAGAACACCUUGAUUUAUCCCGAAACAACCUGACGACUAUUCCCGUCAGGGCCUUCUGGCCCCUCUGGAGGCUGAAGGUGCUCCUAAUGAAUGACAACAACAUCAGCCACAUCGCAGAUGGAGCGUUCUCUUCCCUCCAGAGUAUUCAAAAGCUGGAUUUGAGCCGGAACAAGCUGGCUGCUCUUGGUAACAGAUUUUCCAUUGGUCUCAAUUCUCUGAGGGAACUAGUACUGUCAGAAAACAAACUGAAGGCCUUGCUUAGCAAUAGCUUCCUACACCUGGAGAACCUGGAGAAGCUCAAUAUCAGAGGCAACAGGAUCAGCUUCAUCGAGAAUGGGGCUUUCCGCAGCAUGACCCAUCUCCGGAGGCUGACUCUACAGGACAACAACAUGACUGCCCUUCCCCACGGGAUCUUCUUCAUGCUGCCGAAGCUGGAGGUUCUAAACCUGCAGAGCAAUCAGAUCAACAGCACUGAUAUUGGGGUCUUCACCUCCUUGACCAGCUUGUCUUUACUCAACCUGGUCCAUAACCAUCUGGAGAACAUCAAAUUCAAGACAUUCCUCAGCAUACAGACCUACGGGACUCAUAUCUUGUUGGCCAAUAAUCCGUGGCAUUGUGACUGUGACCUCCAGAGGGUCUUCAGAAAGCUUCAGAGUGUCCAGCGGCUCAUUCUGGAUGACUAUUUCAACAUGACGUGCACAGAACCUCCUCAGCUGAAUGGCUACAGGCUGGAUGACGUGGAUAAUAGGCUGUGCAUCGGAGAGACCAUGGUGGUGCUGAUCAUCACUUUCACUGUCAUUGUGACUGUAGUGGCUGCCAUUGUCAUGGCGGAGAGGAACAGGAAGAAAAGCACUGGCAAGCAUUGUAGUGAGGAGAAUGACAUGCCUUACAGCUCCCAGGACUAGGAGUGGACAGACCAGAUGUGGACAGAUACAAUUUCUUUGUAUUUAAUGAUGAUUAUAUCCUUGUCUGAAAUGAAUCUUCAUGCCUUUAAACACGAUAGACAGCCAGUUCUCUGGUGACCUGCAUUCUUGUCCCACAAUACCUAUUGCUAUUCAAAACUGAAGGGAUAAGCAUAUUGCGAAUGUUACAGUCUAUUGUUAAUGUUGAACGUGCCCCAUCAAUGUCAUUACACUAUUAUACUAUAUUACUUUUUAAAGUGAUUUAUAUGUGUACCUUUGUCUGAAAUAGUUAUUGUAGUUCACUGAGUGAAUUUUUUAAGCAAUGGUAUCAAGCAGUUGGCUCAUUAUUGAGUAAUAACAGAACUGUUGACCUCAACAGAAAACAAUGGGAGAGCAGUUGUAUAAUCUAUCAUAAUCUACAAUGUUCUAAAGUGUUGAAUUUACUCCAAAUUGCAUGAGCACAUUUGUUUUUUCAGAAAGGAAAAUCACAUCCAAUAUAGUUAUUCAACCAGAAGUAAAAAAAAAACAAUCACAUU